GUUUGGGGAGGAGGGGGAUACCUCCACGGGGGAGGUGGCCGCGCCCGGGCAGGAGACGCCCCUUCUUCUCUCCUCCCCAGGGGUGCCGGCCGGGGCUGGGGGGUGUACCACCUACCCCAGGUUGGUCCUCCCUCUCCUCCUCCUCCUCCUCCUCCUCCUCCCCAGCCCCCUUCCGCUCCUCACCCUCUGGGGACCCACUUCCCCUCGGUGGCAGCAGCAGCGGCGGCUGGGGAGACUCAGCCCGGCUCAGGAGUCACCCGUGAUGAUGAGACUUUGGGGCUCCCUUUGAAGAGGGGGAUCCCGUCACCCCCCAAAGCCACUUCCAGGUGGUUCCCUCCUGUGGCUGGGGGAACCUUGGAGACAGAGCCCAGAGACAUCAUGGCCUCCGACCUGGAGAGCAGCCUGACCUCUAUAGACUGGCUUCCCCAGCUGACGCUGCGGGCUACCAUUGAGAAGCUGGGGGGCGCCUCGCAGGCCGGGCCUCCGGGGGGCAGCCGCAAGUGUCCCCCAGGCUCCCCCACAGAUCCCAAUGCUACCUUGAGCAAAGAUGAGGCUGCGGUCCACCAGGACGGCAAACCCCGCUACAGCUAUGCCACCCUCAUCACCUAUGCCAUCAACUCCUCCCCUGGCAAGAAGAUGACCCUGAGCGAGAUUUACCGCUGGAUCUGUGACAACUUCCCCUAUUACAAGAACGCUGGCAUUGGCUGGAAGAAUUCAAUUCGACACAACCUUUCUCUCAACAAGUGUUUUCGGAAAGUGCCCAGACCUCGGGAUGACCCUGGAAAGGGCUCUUAUUGGACGAUCGACACGUGCCCGGACAUCUCCCGGAAGAGGAGACACCCUCCUGAUGAUGAUCUCUCUCAGAACUCACCGGAGCAGGAGGCCAGCAAGAGCCCACGGGGAGGUGUUCCUGGGAGUGGAGAAGCCUCACUGCCUCCUGAGGGGAACCCUCAGAUGUCACUCCAGAGCCCCACAUCCAUUACCAGCUACAGCCAGAGCUCAGCACCUGUGGAUGGCGGCACCGUAGCAGCCGGGGCUUCAGGCCGAGAUGGUGCAGAGGGUCCGCCGCCCUUGUAUAGCACUAACCAUGACUUCUCCUACUCUGAGAUCAACUUCCAGGACCUGAGCUGGUCCUUCCGCAACCUCUACAAGUCUAUGCUGGAGAAGUCCUCCUCCUCCUCCUCUCAGCACGGUUUUUCGUCGCUCCUGGGGGACAUGCCACCUUCCAACAACUACUACAUGUACCAGCAGCCUCCACCGCCCCAGCAGCCCCCUCCCCAACCCACGCAGCCGCAGCCCCCGCCGGCGCCCACCCAGGGCCCCUCGACGGUAGGGGGUGCCCCUCCACUGCACACCCCCAGCCCGGAUGGCUGCAACCCACCUGGGGGGAAGCCCGCCGGAGCUGAGGGCUACGGGCAGCCCCCUGUGAUGGCCUUGCACCCGCCGCCUCUGCAGCAUGCAGGAUAUCACCCUCAUCAGCAGCACUCGCACUCGCACCCGGCACAGCCGCCCCCUCAGCAGCAGGCUCCGGGCCAGGCGCCCAUCAACAGCCCUGGCUUUGCCUUUCCUCCCGACUGGUGCUCCAACAUCGACUCCUUGAAGGAAAGCUUCAGGAUGGUGAACCGGCUCAACUGGUCCAGCAUUGAGCAAUCCCAGUUCUCCGACUUGAUGGAGAGUCUACGGCAGGCCGAGCAGAAGAACUGGAGCCUCGACCCGCACCAUAUCGCCAACCUGUGUGACUCCCUCAACCACUUCCUGACUCAGACUGGUCACAUGCCCCCACAGGGGGGCUCCCACCGGCCGCCAGCCCCUACCCGGAUUUCUGACUCUUGUGCCCUCACCAGCGGCAAGCAAGAGUCACCCAUGAACCAAGUGAACUCUUAUGGACACCCACAAGCCCCUCACCUCUACCCUGGCCAGUCACCAAUGUACCCUCUCCCCGCCCAGGACUCAGCGGCAUACAAUCGCCCAGCGCACCACAUGGUCCCUCGGCCAUCGGUGCCCCCUCCUGGGGCCAAUGAGGAGAUCCCCGAUGACUUCGACUGGGACUUGAUCACUUAGUGGGUCGUGCGGCCUGGCCGACCCCUUCGGGCUGGGACAGCAAAGCGUGGCCCAGCCCUCGCUCCUCGCCUGUAUAUAGAUUAUCUCCUCUUUUUUUCUUUCUCUGUCAGAGAAACCACCGCAAGAUGCUGCCGAAGAUAACCCCCCUCUUUUCCUGCCUCGUUCUUCCUCUUUUUUUUCUUGUGCCCCCUCAUUCUUUUAUUGUUAUUCUUUAUUAUAUUAUUGGUUGUAUGCUGGUCCCACCCCAUCCCACCCACCC